UGAUCGAAACUUGCGGGUUCCUCACAGUGUGAAGACUGCUGCGCCGUACAGAUCGCAACAGCAGACGUUUCGUCGCAAUAUUUACACCUAUAAGGCUGUAAGGGAGGCUGGGAAAUCUUCCUGGCAACUGCGAAGUUAGACUGGACCUACAGACAGCGUCCCGCAGUACUGAAGACGAAGAUGGCGGACCCCAGACGGGACAUGUACGACGCCCUCACAAGGCUCCGGCAGCACAUCGGCAGCGGGAGGCUCGUGCUGUUCGUCGGCGAACAACUGUCAGUACUCCCGCCGCCCGCUAGGCUGGACCACUGGUGGCGAAUACAGAACGGCAUCAGUGGUCUGACCCAACUUGAGUCCGACUUCAUGAAAAACCUUCCCCAGCGGCCGGCCAAAGUGCAUAACGUCCUCCGCACCCUGGGAACGUUCCCGCUCAUCCUCACGACCAAUCAGGACGAACUUCUGGAGAGGCUGCUCUGGGGACGAGGAAGUCUGGGCUCUGCCUUGGGAGAGAAAAUUCGACUCGACCAGGUCGGGCAGGUGAUGAAAGACUGGCCCGAGCUCCACCGGCACCUGAUCGUCAAACUGUUCGGGGACACCAGCUACACGGCCCGCUGCAGCGAAGAAUCUCGACAGUUCCUUGAAGACAUCCUGAUUGGUGAACCUGGCCGUGAGGUUGCAGCUGCGGAGUUUCUUGCCAAAGUGUUCCAGGAGAGGCCGGUCCUGUUUCUGGGCUGCGACUUACAGCAUGACUUCUACAAACGCCUCCUGGCGAGAUUCGUCAAAACUGCUCCGAUUGACCACUACACGUUUGAGUCGUCCGAGACCCGCGGCUGUCCACACCUCGGCAGCCUGGUCUCCCUCAAGGCCAACCUGGAACUCUGGGAGUUCGUUCAGUACCUCAGUACUGGGAGGAUGGAGGAGAAUAUUCAACCGGGACAGGUGUAUGAGAAGUCUUAUCUGGGCACACAGCGGGAAGAGUACCUCCUGCAGCAGCUGGCUCUGGAGAAGCAGGCCUCGGAGAUCGUCUUCCACACGUCCACCAUCACGAACGCGCUGGCCACGGACGACGCCUUGGAGUUCAUCUCUAAACCGGCGCUACAAGACAUCUACAGCAGCGACCCCUUUGGAGUAUUCACAGAAGAGCACGUGACUAGGUCCCUUGACGCAAUGAAAGCCAGACGGGAUAACCUUAUCAAGAAAAUUCAUGAAGGAACCAAAGUUGUGACGUUGUUCUUCUACCACGGACUGAAGGCCGAGCUCGACCCCAACAGAGUCACGGACCCCAGGAAGCGGCAGAUGGCCAUCAAGAAGUACGUGGAAGUCAUCAAGCUGUGCCAGACCUUCGUCUCCAGCAAGAGCUCCCUGGAAAUCCGCAUCGUCGACUGGACAGACCCGGCAGAGCGCAAGGAGAUUGACAAGGAGAAGUUUGGCUUGGCCAGACUUAAAGGAGGCGAAGACGAAGCUAUUUUCCACGGCCACCCGGCGACAGCCGGCAAGAAGGCUUUCGCCGUGCAGCUGAUUGCCAUCAACGGAGAGGAGACCGUGCGGAAGCGGAAGAUAUACGAGAAGUCUCGCGAGAGGUCGUGGAGCGCCGAGGAUUCGGUCAGACGUCUGCUGCAGGAGGUGCUCAGCGCUAACAGGGACCUGGUGGACAGGCACGGCGAGCACAUGUCUGCUAUCAAGAAAGAGGACCUGGAGAUGCUACAGAACAUGAGUGAAAUCCACCUUUUGACCAACAAGAAGCUGGACCAAGGAAGUGACUUCAUCAAGAUCGGCAGCGGCAGCUUUAGCACCGUGCACAGGGCCACACGUCAGGGGCGACCUGUGGCCGUGAAGAUCCUCAAUGAAGUCCAACAUACAAGAGACCUGAAGGCCUUCCAAGAUGAGUUCAAACUUCUAAGAGAUAUGAAACACGCCAACAUCGUCCAAGUGGUAGACUGCAUCGUGCAGGACAACAGACUGGGGAUCAUCAUGGAGUUUGUGGACGGGGGAAACCUCCGGGACCACCUCAGGAGGUCGGGAGCUCAGGAGAAGGACUUCGUGCUGAGGUUCGCCAAACAGAUCGGUCUCGCACUGGAGUACCUGCACGGAAAGGACGUCAUGCACAGAGACGUCAAACCAGAAAACGUCUUCAUUUCAGAGGACCACAGCAUCUUCAAGUUGGGUGACUUCGGUCUCGCCCGAGUGACCGAGGGCACACGGCAAACCAAGACCAUCAUCGGGUCCUACCGCUACAUGGCCCCGGAAGUGAAGUCAUCGAGCGGGCACUACUCCAAGAAGGCAGACGUGUACAGUUACGCUUUAUGCUUGAUUGAGCUGAUUGGUGGAGAGAUGGUCUUCAGCAACAUCGCCAUACACAAGCAUGCGAUGGAUGAAAAGCUCCGCGGGGGGCUGCCUGACAUCCCGAAAAACUGCGAUGAGUUUGGGCCGAGGAUGAAACCAACAAUUGGAGGAUGUCUGAGAGUGGAGGCACAGCGGCCGUCCAUGUCUAAGGUGCUGCAGAUGCUGUUUGGUUCCGCCCCUUUGAAGACUGACACAGGGCACAUCGAGCUCCUCUGCCUGGGUACCGGAGAUGCUGCAGCUGCUACAUUUGAGGGCAUCCCUAGUUCUUCAGUGACGGUCAUGUUCAACGGUUCCCCGGUAAUACUGAUAAAUGUCGGACUGGGAGUUCUCAGGUCCUGCCAGGAGCUUGCAGGACAGCUGCCGAACCUGGUCUUCGUAUCGUCGCGCCAUUCUGACCACGCCGGUGAGCUGUCUACCCUGGUGAACCAGAAGGUCCUUCAACAAGGAGAACAACAAAGACAUGAUGCCCAGCUGACGAUCCUUUGUCCGGAACACGCCCUAACUCCACUACAGAAACGAUGUCAGGAUGAUAAUUGUGACGACACGGUACUGUAACACACACAUCUCCAAAGAACAGUUAC